AUGGAUCAUCUAACAUUGUGCUCGUGUUUCUUGGAAUCGUAUAGAGGAGAUCAUCGAAAAAUUCUCGAUCUGGAGCAAAUUGAAGAUUCUGUAUUAGAAAAAUGCGCCGUUAAUAUGUUUGACUGGCAGCGUAUUAGCUCGCUUUACGUCAAGUCACGUACAGCCACGGAAUGUCGAAUCCAGUGGACUACGCAAGAUCAUCCCACUAUUAAUAAAACUCCGUGGAGCCGAGAUGAAACGCAAAAGAUGGAUGCAUUAGUCGAAAAGCAUGGAUAUGAAGGGCAAUGGGAAACCAUUGCUGUGGAACUGGGAACCAACCGCACUGCUGCGCAGUGCUUUGCUCAUUAUCAAGCUCAAAAGAACGUGGGCGCCUCCAAAAGGAAAUGGACACCAGAAGAUGACGAAACCCUGCGAGAAGCGGUGGAUGUAUUUGGCGAACGCAAUUGGCAGCAAGUGGCGGUGCGUGUAGGAGGACGAACAGGACAGCAGUGUCUCCAACGAUGGACCAAAUGCGUCAAUCCUGCGAUUCGGCGCCAUAGAUGGGAAAAAGAAGAAGACGAUGCAUUGCGAGCGGCGGUCAAUGUGUAUGGCGUAGGUAACUGGAGAAUCAUCCAACGUCAUAUUCCGGGAAGAACCGAUAUGCAAUGUCGUGAACGUUGGGUCAACUGUCUCGAUCCAAACCUGGACUUUACGCCAUUCAAUGAAGAGGAAAUACAACGUUUAAAGGAAUUAUAUGCUAUUCACGGACGCAAAUGGUCGCUUCUUGCCGAAUACUUUCCGGGCCAUACCGAUAAUCAAGUGCUGCGCGAAUGGAAAGCCAUCGAAAGAGGAAGCAGGCGUAAAAAGCAGGGAGACAAGUCUUCGGUAUCUUCCGCCGACCCCCAAGAUCCACCCGCGUCUCUGUAA